AGCUGGCUCGUGAUCUUCGGUGCUGCACCUUCCCGUACCUCGUGAAGUUUUCGCGCUCGGUUACCUCUCCAACCUCAGUCUUUCUUCAGAUUAGGGAUUUUCAAGCAUGGAUGAAGAAUAUGACUGUAUCGUUCUUGGUACAGGACUCAAGGAGUGCAUAUUAAGUGGAUUUUUGUCAGUGAAUAAAAAAAAGAUUCUUCACAUGGACAGGAAUCAAUAUUAUGGUGGGGAAAGUGCUUCAAUCACACCACUGGAAAAGUUCUAUGAACUGUUUGGAAAAACUCCUAAACAACUAGGAUCAUCAAAAGAUUGGAAUAUUGACCUCAUUCCCAAGUUCUUGAUGGCGCAAGGUGACCUGGUUAAAUAUUUGAUUGAAAGUGGAGUUACCCGAUACCUUGAAUUCAAACAAGUAGAAGGAAGCUACGUGUAUAAGGAUAAAAAGCUUUUCAAAGUACCAGCAGAUGAAAAAGAGGCUCUCGCAACCAGUCUCAUGGGAAUGUUUGAGAAAAGAAGAUUUCACAAAUUUCUUGUGUUUGCCAACAACUUUGAACCAGAUGAUAGUAAAACAUGGCAAGUUACUCAUUAGCACAGUAUGGAAAGUCACCAUAUCUCUAUCCCUUAUAUGGCUUGGGAGAACUUCCACAGGGUUUUGCCCGCCUGAGUGCAAUAUACGGUGGAACAUACAUGCUGGAUAAGCCUAUAGAGGACAUCAAGUACGAUGAGAAUGGUAGAGUUUGUGGUGUCACUUCACAGGGAGAAACUGCCAAGACAAAGAUGGUGAUCGGUGACCCCUCUUAUUUCCCUGACAAAGUGAAAAAAGAUGGCCAGGUUGUUCGUUGCAUAUGCUUCAUGGAUCAUGCUGUUCCUAAGAUCAAAGAUUCUGCCUCUUGCCAAAUCAUCAUUCCUCAAAAUCAAGUGAGCAGGAAAUCAGAUAUCUAUAUUUGUGUUGUAUCGUAUGCACACAACGUGGCAGCCAAAAAUUACUACAUAGCUAUUGUCAGCACAACAGUGGAAACAGCCGAUCCAGAGGCAGAGCUGAAACCUGCUCUUGAUCUGCUGGGUCAUGUUAUAGAGAAAUUUGUGAAAGUCAGUGAUAUUUUAGUUCCCACUGAUGAUGGCAGUGAAUCUGGGGUUUUUAUCACAACCACCUAUGAUGCCACAACACACUUUCAAACAACUUGCAAGGAGAUUGUGGAUAUCUUCAAACGCUGCACAGGGGAAGAUCUUGACCUUUCAAGUGUGCGGGAAGAUCUGGAAGCUGCUCAAAGAGAAUAGAGUAUUUGGAAGCUUGCUGUGAAGUAAAUAGAAUUAUGAAAUAUUUGGACCUGAUGAAACCCAAUCAAAAUAUCAACCUAUGAUAUCUCAUUGUAGUUUGUAUUCAUUGUAAAAAUACCCUUCAUAGCUUGCUAGUGAAAGCCAAGCUUGGUAGACCUUUUCACCCUAAACAUUCCCACAUUCUCCUUACUGGCUGCCAUAUACUUUCUUUCUUGUUGGUUUGAGAAGUUGGCGCCAGAGCAAGUCAUCAUCGUCUAACUGAUGGUCUUGUUUAACUCCCAUCAGUCAGUUACUUAACAGUAUUGUGACACUGUAAGGAGAAUUUGUAUACUGAUUGCUUCUGUGAGUGGAAAGGUUUACAACUGAUGAAGUUCUUAAAAUUGACAUUCCUUGUUUAUAUGAUUCAUGUGAUUUUUUACCCUUAAGCUUUGCUGGCAACUUCUUAGUCAAAACUCAUUUUUGUAACAACUUUCACCCUGUAGAUUGCCAUGGGUAUACACUUUUAGCACUGUUCUUUGCAAUCAGUGUAUAUCUGGAAGGAAUGAAAGUUAAAAAGACCAGUCUUCCUUCAUUGACCUUCCAGUUUCUGUUUUGCCAUUGUUUAGAGAAGGAACGCAUGGGAAUGGAACAGUACGUUUAGGAUUUCCUCUCACUCCUGAAUUGUUCUCUGAUCAUUUUCAUUAAUUUUUUUGCUAAUCUGUGAGACUUUUGUGCAAAUAAAUGGGUUUUAUAUGAUCCAUCUUGUGAGGAUCAACUGGAGGAACACGUGGGAUUUUCUUAGAUUUCCCCCCUCCCUCCCAAAAGCAAUGUCUAUGGUUAAGGCUGAUGCUUUGGGGCCUUUAGAAAUGUGUGAUAGAUAGAUAGGAGAUCAAGAUCAGCCUGUGCCUUUCAGUAUGUGCUAGUUUUGUCUGUCUCAGUGACACUAUGGCUGAAUAGUACACUUUUUAGAAUGCUCAAAACAAGAUGAACCUGAGUUUUGACAUUAUAGAUAUUUGCUGUUGACCCUUUAACUCCCAAAAUCUGAUUGUCAAUUCGUCUUUCUAGCUGCUAGACACAUCCUUGUAAAUUAGUUAUGAGAACUUGGAGCUAGAUCGAGAUAACUACAGCUUCUACCUGAUAAGUUUGAAUAUUCUCAUUACCUGUCAGCUGAAUAAUAUAUUGAUAUUAUAGGGAGAAGUUUCAUGUCAAUCACUUCUGGGAUUUAAAGGGUUAACAAAUUCUUUCAAUGUAUGCAUGAGCUGUUAAGAAAUAUAUGAAGAACAUGAAAUAGAAUUUGUAUCAGGGUAGGAGGUGCUUAGACAGUGUAGAACUCGCUUGGCUUUUCAUGUUUUAGAAAACGGUUCAGGAGGUUAAGAAAGUCAUGGAACUAUCCAGCUCCCGUAAAAUAUAACUUUGUUAAAUGAUUUUUCUUCAGCCCUAAACAUUUUGAGACUGGUUCAUAUAAACCAUAUGCAUUUUCCAUGAAAGCCCAGUCUUGAAAUAUCCAUUGAUUUAUAAAGAUUAGAGAGAGAAAUAGAGAGUCCGUUUGUGCUAAUAAAUUUAAAAUUUGUAGCUUGAAUUGAAUUGUUGUGUGGAAUCUACAUUAAAGAAAAUUGCACUUGUUAAAGACA